CCAAUUCAACUGUAGCGAAACGCUCCAUUCAAAUUCUAGGGCAUUAAACAUUGAUUAAUCAUCCAAAUCAUAUUAGCCGACCGCCGCCAUUGAACCUCCGCCAAUGGCUACUCUCGCCGCCGAUCAGCCACUAACUCUGGAUUCUCUCCCUACCGUCGACUUAACUACCCUAACCCAAUCCGAACUUCUCGCCCUCUCCCUUUGUUCCCCAACCGCCUUCGAUCUUCACCGCUCCGACAACCUCGUAAUCCCUUCAAUCGACCGUUCUAGUUUCAAUGAAUCCGCCGGAUCCCGCCGCCAGACUUUCUCCCGCCCUUCUCCAAACAGCCACCAUUCCUCCCACCACCACCACCACCACCACCCUCUCCGCCACCGUAUCCCCGGCUUCCUCCCCUCCCCCAAACCGGCCACUCCUUUCCCUCCUCAUCACGACCCCGAAGCCCAAGAAAACCGAUCGAUAAUAUCCUCCCUCAAAGUCUCCCUCAAAUCCCACCCCGAAUUCCAGCAUCUGGACUUCAAUUCCCCGUCUUCCUCCCCUAAGGACGCGAAUGUGAGUUACGGGAUGAGGGACGCAUUGGUAAAUUUCGAGAUUAAAGAUGCCAUGAUAAGUCUCGGGAAGAGGAAGAGAGGGAGGCAUCUCAAUAUGCAGGCUGUUAAUUCCGAGGAAGAGAGGGAGCGGGGUUUAGAGAUUGUGAACAAAAAUGGUGUAGCCGUAGAUUUGGUGGCAUUGGGUGGUUUGGAGGAUCCUUUUGCGGAGGAAUUGAAGAGGAGGACGGAGGGAAUGGCGGGAAACGAAGAGGCCUUGCUAGUGUUUAUGAGGGAUUUAGGUGGACAGUGGUGUAGUAGAAGAAGGAGGAGGAAGAUUGUUAACGCUAGUAUCUUCGGAGACGUCUUGCCGGUAGGCUGGAUGCUUUUGUUGGGGUUAAAGAGGAAGGAAGGCCGCGCUUCGGUAUAUUGUCGGAGAUAUAUCAGUCCUGGUGGGCGGCACUUCGUAUCAUGUAAAGAAGUCUCUUCAUACUUGCAAUCCCACUUUGGGCUCCAUGAUGCACCCUUGACAAUGGAUAAUGAUGGUGACAUUGCUCAUCAUAUUCAUCAAAUGGCUUCUGAAAACCAGGAAGGUGCUAUCCAGAAAGAGGAUGAUCAAAGGAGGUCUGCUCAACGCGAGAAGGAAUUUAACUUACUGGGAAUGGAUAACCUGGCUGAAGUUCAAAUACAUGAUCUUUUUGAAUGUCAUAAAUGCAAUAUGAAAUUUGAUGAGAAGGAUGCAUAUUUGCAGCAUCUUUUAUCAUUUCACCAGAGGACUACGAGGAGGUACAGGCUCGGUUCUUCUGUUGGAGAUGGUGUGAUACUUAGAGAUGGAAAAUUUGAAUGCCAGUUCUGUCAUAAGGUAUUUCAUGAACGACGUAGGUACAAUGGUCAUGUAGGGAUCCAUGUUAGGAACUUUGUGAGGGGAAUUGAAGAUUCACCUGGUUUACUGACACUUCCAAGGAGAACUGAGGUUGCAACUAAGCAAGAGUCCACGAGGACUUCCAAAAUGGAUGCAUUAAUUGAAAUUGCUCAGAAUUCAAUUCUUGAAACUAGUACCUCUGUGCCUAGAUAUGAACUCAAUGAUGAAUCAAGUUCUGAUAAAUCAAAUGCUGUUCCUAAUCCAGAUAUUCCUGCAUCUACCUCUGAUCAUGAAAUGAAUUCUGAUUCUCCUUCAAGUGAUUCAGAAACAGAGGAUGACAUGACUGACAGAACACCAGAUCAAGAUUUAAGUCAGCAAACCAGUGAGCCUAUGGUCAUCGAUGAAAAGGUGAAGAAGAUUGAUGAAGCUGUCAAUACUGCAAAUAUGGAUUGUCUCUUUGAUGCUACGGUUUCUGAUUCUGUGGAUGUGCAAAAUGGUCAUACAUCUGAAACUCUAAACAGAAAAGAUGGUUUAACAGUUCCUGCUGAAGAAGCUGACAAGUGUUGCAUUGAAGAGUAUAGAGGUUCUGCAAGUAAUUUACUUGUUCCUGAAACCGAUCAGGGUGUCUGCGAUGUUGAGAAUGAAGUCAGUUUAGUUGAUGCUGGCUCAAAGGAGCAUCCUAAAACCGAAGAAGUUGAUAAUGGUACCCAUUCUAAUUUAGUUAUUGGUUCUGGAAAUAGUUAUUGUUCAGCUAAAGAUGUUGCACCAGAGACUACCCAUCAAACAUAUGAAGAAAAUGUACUCAAGGACGAGGUCCCUGAAUCUUCAAUGACCCUACUGUUACCUGUCAACGGUACAUCAGUGUCAACUCCUAUCUCAGACAAGGGAGAGGACGGUUUAUGCAGCAUAGAUGAGAGUGAUGGCAAUGUGAGAGAUUUUGAUGAGCUGAAGUUGGUUGAAACGGAGCAGAUCAAUUUGAGCUUUGACGGUGUGCGUGUAUCUUCCUCAUUGCCAGAGGUUCCAGUAGAGUUGGCUAAUAAUCCGGAUAUAGAAGGCGCUUACACAUCCCCGGUUCAGAUCGGAUCUGGAGUCUUUUUAGAUAUGGGUGGGAAGCCUCAGCUUACUACUCUGUGUGUAUGGUGCGGGAUGGAGUUCAAUCAGGAGGCUGUUGAUUCUGAAAUACAAUCAGAUUCAGUUGGUUAUAUGUGUCCUACCUGCAAGUCUAAAUUUCUAGGCAACUCGGUACAGUGAUCUAGCAAUUCCUUUGCCAUGUAUAAAAGGAUUAAAAGAAAACAGUGAUUCAGCUAUGAAUGGUCUCCAUAUUUGGCCAAGUCAUAAGUUUCAGAGCAAGAAUUCCCUAAUGUUGGUAACUGAUAUUAUAUUACUCUAUUCGUACGGCUUGUGUGAUUGGUAUAUUUUCUA